CCUGAGCCUUCGCCUCCUCCUGGGCCUGAAUCUGUUUCCGCUGGACUCUGCGACCCACCUACUGUUGCCACCGCCGCUGCCGUCGCUGCCGCUCUGCACGCUGAGCCUGCCCCGCCUGCGGGUGAGGUCAGUGCGCAGAGCCCGCCCCAACCCCCAGGGCGCCAGACCCAGCACCGGGCCCCACCUCGCUGUCACAAACACCCAGGUAGCCCACCCCCUCUUAACUCACCAGGUCCUAGGGAUACCCUAUCAUUGUGUCUGCUUCACAGAUAAGGAAGCCCAAGCCACCAGAGUGGCCUCGCAGCCAGGUGCAGGUUAAGGUCCAGGUCUGGGGGUGGGGGUCUGGAGCCCACACGCGUUCCACUGGGGCAGACACCCUCUUUGAUCCCUCCUCCCCACAUGUGCAUUCCACCCCGCUAGGCACCAUCCAGCCACCCCCAACUCCGGGGGUGUGGGGGCGCAGAAGUCAGGCAGGCCCUGGUAAGCUGAGGGUAGAGGUCUGGCUGAGUGGCUCUGGACAGUCCUGACCUCCCCCGCACAGUGGGAUGGCAGGAAGCCACCUCACACAUUGACGAAGGAGUGCCUGGCUUCAGGAAUGUCCUGUGAAUUGGCAGAAUGCACACUGGCUGUUCUGAGCUUCUUGUUACAGACAAUGUCCCCAAAGGAGGCAGCAGCCUCCUGGAGACAACGCACAGCCCUCUAGCCCAGGAUGCCCCUCAGGCCCCUCCUAGCCAAGGAGCACCUGUGUCAGGCCAGGAGGACCCUGGGGGACCCCACAGCAGCCCCCCACUCAUGGAUGUCAGUGAGAGGCACAGUGUACUGAGCACCUACACCAUGCUUAGCCCUACAUCAUGGACAGUCCCCGCGUCCCAUCACGUGACAUGUUUAUGACAAGGCAUGUUUAUUCCUGGGACUGAGGGGUCUUUGUCCUGCCACUUCUUUGAAAAUGAAAAGGUGGGUGUGACAGGGUGUUUACUUGUUCACAGCAGAAUGAUGACAAUCCAUCCAAGCAAACCAAAACCAAAAUGGAUAGCCUUUUCUCCCAGAACUUUGUACGUGUUUUCAGGUUUAUAUGUGGUUUGUGGAAUAGGAUUUUAAGGGCACCUGCCACCUGUCUGCUUCAGUGGGCUCGUGACAGGAUGGUGGACUCCCUGGUAAGAUGGUGCCACUUGGAGCACUCUGCCUUAGCCAGCCCCCUUGCUCCCUUCUGUUAUUUGGCUGAUAAUGUCUUGAGGAACUUCUCAGAUGGGGUCCCACUUCCUGCAGGGAAGAUGUCCCUCUCGCUUUUCUCCCAUGUGGCCUCAACAGAACUGAGCAGGUGUUCCUUGUUCUGAAAUGCCUCCACAAAAAUCCAGAAAAAUGCAUUUCAAACCAAGAGGGUUGGGCAGUUUUGUAACAGGAGGUCCCGAGACGCCUUACUGAUGACCCCUUGAGAGGUGGUGUGCAGUGCUUCAUGGCCCUGACUUUGUAUCUACCCAGAGAAACACUCUUACCAUAGGCACUAACACCCAAUGGAUAUUUGAGGCCAAGCACAAUUGACGCAGUGAACUAAACUUCCAAGGGUAUGGCUGGGACCCCUGUGAGCAAGGCGGUUACACAGAGGAGCACCAGGAGGAUGCAGAGAAAAUAAAGCACCAAAAAAUAAAGGAAGAAGAAGGAGGGAACACUUCCCAACUCGUUCUACAAGACCAGGAUUAUCCUGACACCAAACCCAACAAAGACAUCACAAGAAAAGUACAGAUCAAUAUCCCUUAAGAAUAUAGAUGAGGGGCUUCUCUGGUGGCACAGUGGUUAAGAAUCUGCCUGCCAAUGCAGGGGACAUGGGUUUGAUCCCUGGCCCGGGAAGAUCCCACAUGCUGUGGAGCAGAUAAGCCCGUACGCCAUAACUACUGAGCGUGUGCUCUAGAGCCCAUGUUCUGCAACAAGAGAAGCCAUGAUAAUGAGAAGCCCGUGCACCGCAUGAAGAGUAGCCCCCACUUGCCUCAACUAGAGAAAGCCCAUGAGCAGCAACGAAGACCCAACACAGCCAAAAAUAAAAAUAAAAAAAUAAACUUAUUAAAAAGAAUAUAGAUGGGAAUUCCCUGGCCAUCCAGUGGUUAGGACUUUGUGCUUCCUGCAGGGGGCAUGUGUUCGAUCCCUGGUCGGGGAACUAAGGUUUCGCAUAAUGUGGGCUUGGUCAAAAAACAGAGAGAGAGAAUAUAGAUGCAGAAUUUAUCAACAAAAUACUAGCAAAUCGAAUCCAGGAACGUAUAAAAAGGAGCAAGUGAGAUUUAUCCCAGGAAUGCAAAAUUGAUUUAACAUAUGAAAAUCAAUCAACGUAGGGACUUCCCUGGUGGCACAGUGGACAAGACUCCGUGCUCCCAAUGCAGGGAGCCUGGGUUCACUCCCUGGUCAGGGAACUAGAUCCCACAUGUAUGCCGCAACUAAGAGUUCACAUGCCACAACUAGGGAGCCGGGAGGUUCAACUAAGACCUGGUGCAACCAAAUAAAUAAAUAAAUAAAUAAAUAAAAUCAAUCAAUGUAAUACACCAUACUAAUAAAGGACGAAAACCACAUGAUCAUCUCAACAGACAGAAAAAAUAUUUACCAAACUAGGAAUCGAAGGACUGUCCUCAACCUGAUAAAGACCAUCUACGAAAAACCUUCAGCUGCUAUACUUAAUGGUGAAAGACUGAAAGCGUCCCCUUCCCAUCAGGAACAUAAGGAUGCCCGCUCUCUCUUGUGUUGAAUGUUGAAUACCACUUGUAUUCAACAUUUUACUGGAGGUUCUAGCCAUGGCAAUUCAGUGAGAAAAUGAAAUAAAAGGAAUCCAGAUAGGAAGAAGGAAAACUGUGUCUAGUCACAGAUGACAUGACCCUAUGUAUAGAAAAUCCUAAAGAAUUCACACACACACAAAUAUUACGACUAAUAAUCAAGUUUAGCAAAGGUACAGGAUUGAAGAUUGAUAUAAAAGAAUCAAUUACAGGGACUUCCCUGGUGGUACAGUGGUUAAGAAUCUGCCUGCCAAUGCAGGAGACGCAGGUUCAAUCCCUGGUCUGGGAAAAUCCCACAUGCCACAGAGCAACUAAGUCCAUGCGCCACAACUACUGAGCCUGCGCUAUAGCGCCUGCGAGCCACAACUACUGAGCCCAUGUGCCACAAUUACUGAAGCCUGCGUGCCUAGAGCCCAUGCUCUGCAAUGAGAGAAGCCACCACAAUGAGAAGCCGCGCGCUGCAACGAAGAGUAGCCCCCACUCACUGCAACCAGAGAAAGCCCGCGCACAGCAACGAAGACCCGACACAGCCAUAAAUAAAUAAAUAAAUAAAUAAAAAUCAUUUACAUUUCUAUACAUUAGCAAUGAACUAUUCAGAAAUGAAAUUAAGAAAACAAUUCUGCUUACAUAGCAUCAAAAAGAAUAAAUUUAUUUUUAAACAUACUUAGAAUAAAUUUAACAAAAGAAAUGCAAGACUUGUACAUGGAAAUGUACUAAACAUCAUUGAAAAAAAUUAAGACCUAAACAAGUGGAAACACAACCCAUGUUCAUGGACUAGAAGACUUCAUAUGGUUAAGAUGGCAGUAUAUUCCCCAGAUUGGUCUGCAUAUUCAGUGCAAUCCCUAUCAAGAUCCCAACUGCCUAUGUUGCAGACGUUAUCAAGCUGAUCCUAAAGAUGAUAUGGAGAUGCAAGGGACCCAGAAUAGCCAAAACAAUUUUGAAAAUGAACAAAGUUGGAGGACUCACACUUCUUUAUUUCUAAACUGACUACAAAGCUACAGUCAUCAAGACAGUGUGUUACAGGGACUUCCCUGGUGGCCCAGUGGCUAAGACUCUACAUUCCCAAUGAAGGUGGCCUGGGUUCAAUCCCUGGUCACGGAACUAGAUCCCACAUGCCACAACUAAAGAUUCUGCAUGCUGGGACCAAAAGAUCCCGCAUGCCACAACGAAGAUCCUGCACGCGGCAAUGGAGAUCCCGUGUGUUGCAACUAAGACCCGGUACAGCCAAAUAAGUAAAUAUUAAAACAAAAAAAGUGUGUUAUUGAAAUAAGGAUAGACACAUAGAUCAGUGAAAUAGAAUUGAGAGUCCAAAAAUAUGUCCAGUUAACUUUUUUUAAAUAAAUUUAUUUAUUUUAUUUAUUUAUUUUUGGCUGCAUUGGGUCUUCAUUGUGGUGCGCGGGCUUCUCAUUGCGGUGGCUUCUCAUUGCAGAGCACGGGCUCUAGGCACACAGGCUUCAGUAAUUGUGGCACCCAGGCUCAGUAGUUGUGGCUUGUGGGCUCUAGAGCGCAGGCUCAGUAGUUGUGGUGCACGGACUUAGUUGCUCUGUGGCAUGUGGGAUCUUCCCGGACCAGGGCUCGAACCCGUGUUCCCUGCAUUGGCAGGUGGAUUUUUUUGUUUUGUUUUGUUUUGCGGUACGCGGGCCUCUCACUGUUGUGGCCUCUCCCAUUGCGGAGCACAGGCUCCGGACGCGCAGGCUCAGCAGCCAUGGCUCACGGGCCCAGCCGCUCCACUGCAUGUGGGAUCUUCCCGGACCAGGGCACGAACCCGUGUUCCCUGCAUCGGCAGGCGGACCCUCAACCACUGCACCACCAGGGAAGCCCUGGCAGGUGAAUUCUUAACCACUGAGCCACCAGGGAAGCCCUGUCCAGUUAACUUUUAAAAUUUUAUAGCCAAUUUAAAUUUAUGGCCAGUUUAUGGCCUUUUGAUUUAAAAAAUAGACUUUAUUUUUUAGAGCUGUUUUAAGUUUGCAGGAAAAUUAAACAAAAGGUAGAGUUCCCACAUACCCCCGCCCCUACACAUGCACAGCCUUCUCCACUAUCAACAUCCUCCGCCACAUUGGUACACUGGGUGUAAUUGAUGAACCUACAUUGACACAUUAUUAUCACCUCCAGUCCACAGUUUACUUCAGGGUUCACUCUCGGUCAUGUACAUGCUAUGGGUUUUGAAGAAUGUAUAAUGAAACAUAUACACCAUUACAGUAUCGUGCAGAAUUGUUUCUGCACUGUAAAAAUCCUCCGUGCGUCACCUAUUCAUCCCUCCUUCCCCACUAACCUCUGGCAACCACUGAUCUUUUUAUUGGCUCCACAGUUUUGCCUCUUCCAGAAUGUCAUGCAGUUGGAAUCAUACAGUAUGUAACCUUUUCAGAUUGGCUUUUUUCACUUAGUAAUAUGAGUUUAUGAGUUUAAGGUUGUCUUAUGUCCUUUUUUUUUUUUUUUUGGUCAUAUGUCUUUUCAUGGCUUGAUAGCUUAUUUCUUUUUAGUGCUGAGUAAUAUUCCUUGUCUGGAUGUACAACAGUUUAUUUACCCAUUCACCUACUGAAGGACAUUUUUUUUUUUUUUUUGGCCUUGCUGAGCGGCUUGUGGGAUUUUAGUUCCCCAACCAGAGAUUGAACUGAGGCCCUCAGCAGUGAGAGUGUGGAGUCCUAACCACUGGACCACCAGGGAAUUCCCCUGAAGGACAUUUUGGUUGCUUCCAAGUUUGCGUGAGUGCAUCUCUAUCCACGUGGGGCAGGCGGGGGUCCAGAUCGGCAAUGCCUGCUGGGAGCUCUACUGCCUUGAACAUGGAAUUCAGCCCGAUGGCCAGAUGCCAAGCGACAAAACCAUCGGCGGUGGGGAUGACUCGUUCAACACGUUCUUCAGUGAGACUGGGGCUGGCAAGCAUGUGCCCAGAGCCGUGUUCGUGGACCUGGAGCCCACCGUGGUCGAUGAAGUGCGCACGGGGACCUACAGGCAGCUCUUCCACCCAGAGCAGCUGAUCACCGGGAAGGAGGACGCGGCCAAUAACUACGCCAGAGGCCAUUACACCAUCGGCAAGGAGAUCGUCGAUCUGGUCCUGGACCGGAUCCGCAAACUGGCGGACCUGUGCACGGGCCUGCAGGGCUUCCUCAUCUUCCACAGCUUCGGGGGCGGCACCGGCUCGGGCUUUGCGUCUCUGCUCAUGGAGCGGCUCUCGGUGGACUACGGCAAGAAGUCCAAGCUGGAGUUCGCCAUCUACCCGGCCCCCCAGGUGUCUACAGCUGUGGUGGAGCCCUACAACUCCAUCCUGACCACGCACACGACCCUGGAGCACUCGGACUGUGCCUUCAUGGUGGACAACGAGGCCAUCUAUGACAUCUGCCGGCGCAACCUGGACAUCGAGCGGCCCACGUACACCAACCUUAACCGUCUGAUCGGGCAGAUCGUGUCCUCCAUCACGGCCUCCCUGCGCUUUGACGGCGCCCUCAACGUGGACCUGACGGAGUUCCAGACCAACCUGGUGCCCUACCCCCGCAUCCACUUCCCCCUGGCCACGUACGCCCCAGUCAUCUCGGCCGAGAAGGCCUACCAUGAGCAGCUGUCCGUGGCCGAGAUCACCAAUGCCUGCUUCGAGCCGGCCAACCAGAUGGUCAAGUGUGACCCUCGCCACGGCAAGUACAUGGCCUGCUGCAUGCUGUACAGGGGGGACGUGGUCCCCAAAGACGUCAAUGCGGCCAUCGCCACCAUCAAGACCAAGCGCACCAUCCAGUUUGUGGACUGGUGCCCGACUGGGUUCAAGGUGGGCAUCAAUUACCAGCCCCCCACGGUGGUCCCAGGGGGAGACCUGGCCAAGGUGCAGCGGGCCGUGUGCAUGCUGAGCAACACCACGGCCAUCGCCGAGGCCUGGGCCCGCCUGGACCACAAGUUCGACCUCAUGUAUGCCAAGCGCGCCUUUGUGCACUGGUAUGUGGGGGAGGGCAUGGAGGAGGGCGAGUUCUCGGAGGCCCGGGAGGACCUGGCAGCGCUGGAGAAAGAUUACGAAGAGGUGGGCGUGGACUCGGUGGAAGCGGAGGCCGAGGAAGGGGAAGAGUACUGAACGGGAGGGAGCGGCUAGUGGCCCCCUGUACCCCGCCAACUGUCAUGUUACAGAUAUUUACCUACAGUUUCUGAAUUAAACCUCUGUCUCUUGUG